UUUCCAUGUGACUUAUCCUUAUCAACUCAAGGACACUAUGAGAAGUUUACUUUGAGAAUUAGUAAAGUGAAGGAAGAAAUUUGACCAGCUAUGUUAAAUCUGAUUGCCCAACCUAUUGUUCUUUUGCAUUUGGUCCCUUGGAUAAUUAUGUGAGACGAACCAUUUUAGGGUUGGAUUUGUUGGGCUAUGCCAGUGCUUAGUAUAUUAUAUUAAAAUCAAACAUCUUAAUCAAGAACAUCAAGUAUAUAGCUAUGUACACCUGUGUCCCCAAAUGAUACAACACCAAAAACUUCAAUAUAGACUACAAAAGACCCUCAGUAGUAGCCUACCACAGCGUGAUACGUCCGAGCAAAUAGGGUUGAAAAAAGCAUCAGUAGUCAACAGAGGUUUCAUUCGCGUUUCCUCUGUCCCUUUGAAAGGGGGGCAGUCGAUUCUCUACCGCCACAGUGCAGUGUCCCACUGCUUCCUGCGUUUUAUCUCGGGAAACUAAUCUGUGGUCCUCCUCCCUAACGUCACCACUGACCCCACUAGCAAGUCCGUGUUUGGCCAAGCAGCGGUGCCAGACAAUAUACUCUCGGGCAAGACAUGUUAGAACUAGAGCAUCUUAACCACCAUAACAUCUUGGGAUAAAGGGGCCUCAAUUGGAUAAUGGAUUAACGCACCGAGAUUAAAAACGUUUGCAGCCUAUUUUGAACUCCAGAUGUCAUUGUAUUUGAAGAAUGUCAGCCGGCAACGAAAGACUAAAUUAGUUGAAUAAACACGCACCGGUGCGGACCGGGAGAGUGCGUGGGUAAGAGCGUUGUUUGGAGACUUGGUGGGUCUACUUAAACCCAAAGCUGCCUGAGCUGAACUGAGCCUUUCUCAGGAUUGCACACUGACCAAGGCGCACGUACCCACUCUUAAGGGGAAGCACAUGGUCAGGAGGAGCGCUGUGAAGUCCGCAGUAACUGCUGGAAGAAGCUGACAGAUUGCGUCUCUACGCAUCAGAAAUGGACUCGGAUGGAUACGGAUUUUCAAACGAAUAGCCAGAAUUAAAAAAAGUAUUAACUCGUCUAUCGCACUCUAAAUCUAGUGAAUAUUGAAACUUGUGGGAGUUUUUGUUCUUAUUCGUUUCUUGUGUUAGAGGUCUUCCUUGCAGGAAAGUAUUUUAAGUUUAUCCACUCAAUUGUCCAUAGCCUAAAUUAUCAUGUAUUUUCUUUCGAAGGCAACAUUCUUCUCCGAAUUCAGACAAGCAUCCGAGACUCACGAAGUAUUGCGUUGAUUUUCAGCACUAAUUGCAUUGGAAAGUCGUCUUUCUUCUAAAACGGGCAGAAAUGACUAAUGUAAAAAGAAAAGUUUUGCUACACUUGGGAGUUUUUUUCAUCGGCUGUGUUGGGAUAGUGAAAGGCUUCCCCCGAUAUCAUCAUAGCCAAACUAGUAAACUACAGGAUGGGGUUUCUCCUGAGGCAAAUCUGCAGACACCUCCCAAGGAUGUACAUCAUGCCCAUGGGCCGCUGCAUCACCUGAACCAGGUGCCAAAUGUGUUGUCCUCGCCACAUCGCCACAAGAGGAGAUGGUCCCAGCACCGCUCAUCUGGGGUCCUUCCUAAGCCGGAACCAGAGGAGGAGACCAAACCUUUCGUCCUGGAUUUGAAGAACUUUCCGGAGCUGGCCAACGCCGACAUCAGUUCCCAGAAUCCAAACAUUCAGGUGACUAUUGAAGUGGUGGAUGAUCCUCAGAUGGAGGCAGAAAUGGACCUGACCAGUGAGACCAAGAACAAGUGGCCUCCCCAGCCUUCUUCAUCAUCCUCGGCAUCAACCACUUCCACCUCAACCUCCUCCUCCUCCUCCUCCUCCCCUUCAUCCACCGUAGAUUGGCUGGGCGGGAAAAAGCUGUUCUGGCCCCUGUUCUGGGGCUACGCGGACGCGGACUCGAGCGAGGAUGGGACGGGGCAUUCGGGUUUGGAGGACACAGGCGAGGAGGAGGAGGAGGAGGACUACCUGCUGGAGUACGACAGCGGGGAACCCCUGCCCAGCGGUGUGGGCGGGGACUGGGACAGCCACUGGAACGAGGGAUGGGAUUCCACGCAGGGUUACUAUGAGAAUGCUGGCAAUGAGGAGUGGAGUUCAUGGUCCCCCUGUAAUGUCACUUGUGGUAAUGGGCACCAGAUCCGCACACGGUCAUGCGGUUACUCCUGCACGGCAACAGAGACCAGAACCUGUGACCUGGAACCAUGCCCUGAUGACCUGAAUACAGUAUCUGAUCUGUUCCCGUUUGAGAUGGUGAAUGGUUCAGAACCUUUUGGCACAGAUGUCGACAGUUGUGAGAAGUGGCUGAACUGCAAGAGCGAUUUCCUGCAGCAAUACCUCCAGCAGGUGCUGACAGAAUUACCCAGCUGCCCUUGCAGCUACCCCGAGGGAUUAGCGCACUCCACGGUCAGCGUCUUCGACGAAGGCCACGGACAGACCUUCCGUUGGCGUGAUGCCAGUGGGCCAAAGGAGAGACUGGACAUCUACAAGCCGUCAGCGAGGACAUGCGCAAGGUCAGCGCUAACGGGCGAGGGCACGACCCUGGCCGCCCAGCACUGCUGCUACGACAACCGUGGCCGGCUCAUCACGCGGGGCAAGGGCGCCGGCACACCCAACCUCAUCAGCACCGAGUUCUCACCUGAGCUCCACUUCAAGGUGGACGUGCUGCCCUGGAUCCUAUGCAAGGGGGACUGGAGCCGUUUCCACGCAGUGCGACCGCCCAACAAUGACCUGCGGUGUGCCGCCAACCCCCAUGAGGACGUGUUCAUGAAUGAGCUGGAGGAGGCUAGAGAGUACUGAGCCACCGAGACCGAACCGACAGAACCCAGCCUGAAGCAACCCGACCAAACCCGACUGGCCCCAGCCUGACCGAACUCGAAACUGACUCAAGCAGUCGCUCGUGCAACAGCUGAAGGAGCCUUGAUGGAACUGAGUUGCCAAAUCAAUCCAGACUGUAUUCAAUUCAACUCAUCCCAACCAUCUCCAUCCAACCCCCUACUAUUCUAGUUGCACAAGCUCAAGGCAAGGCAAGGCAAGAAAUAACAGUCACCAAACAAACCCAGCCUUGCCUUCACCAGUCAAACACUGACUAAACCAACAGAGCCCCAAACCAGUCCCUCUUUCAACCCCACUAAUCCACCAUAAACUGUAUACAUUUUGUGUUCCAUGUGGCAGUCUUCUCACAGUGCUUUUACCAAUCACUGACUUCGUUGAUGUCUUUGUUGGUCUUGCUUAGAUCAUGCAUGCGUGAUGUGGGCUUGUAAGCACUGGAGUUAGAUCAUGCACAUUACUACGGGGUUGAUAGCAUGACAGCUCAAUGAACAGACACUUUCUUGUUGUCGUUGCUUUUUUUGGUGUUUGGUGUUGGCUGGUGAUGUAUGUAACCCAAACGCCACACUGUUAAAGUCAAUGCCUGCAUGUUGUACUCAUAGUCCUGGCAAAACAGCAUUUGGAGAUUGGAUACCUUUACCAAUGUUGGUGGUUUUGCAGGGCUUGUAAAUCACAGCUCUGCACACACACACACACACACACGCACACACACACACACACACACACAUACGCACACACACACAUACGCACACACGCACAUGCACAUGCACACACACGAAGUAUAUUUUCAUAUAAAUGCCGCUGCUAAGAUAAGAAAGGAAGAACAUCAGAUAUGCUAUGUGAUGUGAUGGGGUGAUUGCCACUGAUAUGUAGACAUGUACUUGAUAUUUGAUCAGUCGCGAGUCCUUUGAAGUUUUCGUUUUAACUCUCACAUUUGAAGAGUGAAAUUCCUGACGAGCCUCUAAAACUGCAGCGGGUUUAAACGUUGGUCAGAGUUCCUCGCUGAGAAGCCAGCAUCAAUCCACAGCAUGAUCAAACAGAGCCUCUGUUUGUGUGACUGGGGCAAGCCGUCCAACUGUGGGAAGCUCGACAUAGGAAACUAUUUUGGCGCAGAGCUCUUCUCUGUCAAAUGGAGCCCAAUACUGCCACAAUGUGGGAGAGGAGAAAGCAAUGUUUAGCUCGUUAUGUGUGGUGACCUGCUGCUCGAGCAGGGCCAUUUUUAAUUGGUCUUACGAGCACCCAGCACACAGAGGACCAUCCACUCACAAACACACCAGUUUCAACAUCAGAAAUCAAUCCCUCACAGAUGGGUGACUUACUCCACUACCAACAUACCAAUCGGAAAACAAGUGCUCUUCUUUGCUCAGUUUUCUUCUUUUCAUUCUCAAAUCAGUUACGAGCAACAGAUUGUUAGUCUCUCAACUUCAGUGCACGAGGGACCCGGACACAUGAAAGACCUGUUUUUCACUGUUAACUCAGGGGGAGCAUAUUGUUACAGUUAGAGUCAAUGUACCUCUACAACGGAGCACUGUUGGUACUUAGCAUUAUGGGGAAUGAUGAAUGUUAGGGAGUAAAAUACAUGGCUAAUUUAGUUGGUAUAUGUGAAGGUCUCAGAAUGAAUGACAUACAGUUGAUACUAUUUGUGUAUUUACAUAACGAUCUGUGUGCAGUUUUGGCAAGCAAAUUAAAGUCAUUCAUUGUAAUCGUUGUAUAUUUUAUAUUAUAUUAUUAUUAUUAUUCAAAUAUGUUGUGACGCAUCGCUUGAGGCCUGUAUAAAACUUGUGGACUGAUAGCUUCAGGCCUCUCAUCAGGAAUAUAUGAUUUAACGGUGUGUGCAUAUGUGCAUCAUAUUCACUUGCUAUGAAUGGCACUUUAUUUAAAGUAUAUAUAAAAAUGAACAUGUAUAUGAGUAUGAAUUGGUCUAUGUUUAUACAGCAGUUCUGUUACUGUGAAGGGAUAACUUGCCAGAAAUGCUGCAUUGUUCUUUCUUAUGAAAUGCUCCACUCCAUGUCAGUAAGUUCAUUGACUAGUGGUAGGUUUGUGCCUGUACAGUAUUUAUUGUCUAUUUUGUAAUGUUUUAAGCUUUGAACUGAUGCUUCUGUCCAGACGGUGCACUUCUCAGACUGAGAAACACAGGUCAAAAGGGAAUUCAUAUGCCUCAUACCACUUCAAUAGCAAUGACUGUAUUGUGAAAAAAAGAAACAAUGUACAUCAAUGUGCAUCAUUUUCCUGUGACUUUCACUGCAUUAUGCAAUUUAAAGAAACAUGUCAUGAUAAAAACAAAGAUGUGUAUAAAGAUAAUCUAUUCUCUUGUG